CACUCGAAGCCCCGCCCACCGCGCUACACUUACGUAAAAGUGAACUCAGCAAAAGUUGCACAGCGAACAUUGCACACCUGGCAUUACCACAGAUCAUAACUUGGCUUUAAAACUCCGACUGCGAGGAAAAUGUCAGAGAAGAUUGUGUUGUAUUAUUUCAAUGGCAGAGGAAAGAUGGAAUCAAUCAGAUGGCUUCUGGCAGCGGCCGGAGUGCAUUUUGAAGAGGUAAAUCUGACAAAAAGGGAGCAGUACGAAAAACUUCUGAAUGAUGGAGCUCUGAUGUUUCAGCAGGUGCCCCUGGUUGAAAUUGAUGGCAUGCAGCUGGUUCAAACCAAAGCCAUAAUGAAUUACAUUGCAGGAAAAUACAAUCUCAAUGGGAAAGAUCUGAAAGAGCGUGUCAUGAUUGAGAUGUACUCUGAAGGGCUGUGUGAUUGUAUGGAGAUGAUAAUGAUGCUGGUCUUCAAAAAAGCACAGGAAAAAGAGACCCAGUUGGGUGUCAUAAAAGGCAAAGUCACCAGCCGUUACUUCCCUGUAUAUGAAAAGGCUCUCAGCGGUUCACAGUACCUUGUGGGGAGCCAGCUUAGCCGUGCUGAUGUCCAUUUAAUGGAAGCCACUCUGAUGCUGGAGGAGCUAUUUCCUACUAUUCUUUCCACUUUCCCUAAUCUGAAGGCAUUCCAGGACAGGAUGAGAAGCCUGCCAACCAUCAACAAAUUCCUCCAGCCUGGAAGUCAGAGAAAGCCCCAACCAGAUGAUGUUUAUGUCAAAACAGUUAUGGAGGUCUUAAACUUUUAGAUGCCUUGAGGAAGACCUAACAGCACUUGUGAGAUUAAGAUGUGAGAGUGAGAUUAAAUGAAUACUGUAUAUGAAGCAGAGAGAAUUAAUCAUGGUACCUACUGAAUGACCAAAUUGAGCCAAUGUAGCAAAAGUCAACUGGAGAAGUAAAAAUACAACUGAAAGUAAUGUACGACAGUAAAAUAGUAAAAUCUUCCUUCAUGUUGAAUCGGUUCUUUAACGAGAUAAUAAUUCCAGAUGUUUUUCAUUCAGGCAGGCAGUAAUUUGCUAUAGGUAAAGAUUAUACAGACCUUUGGCCUAGAAAAACAUGAAUGUGGCAGAGGUUAAGAGCAGAGUUGAACCUUGCACCACAAUGCAAUCUGAAAAAAAAGUUUUGGUUCAGUUAAGCCUUUCCCUGAUCUGGCCUGUGAUCAUUGAUGAAGCGGAUAAACCUGUGUAUAUAAAACUUUCCUGACAUUCCUUUUUGUUAAAAUAAAGUGUUGAUUGAAAA